AUGACUGCAGACUACGUUACUUUGAAUAGAACUGGCGAUAAGAUGCCUCUUCGCGGUUUCGGUUGUUGGAAGAUUGAUAAGAAGGAUGCUGAAAACACUAUCUAUCAAGCAAUCAAGAUUGGCUACAGACUCUUUGAUGGCGCUUGUGAUUAUGGAAAUGAAGUAGAAGUUGGCCGUGGUGUAAACAAGGCUAUCAAGGAAGGAUUGGUCAAGAGAGAAGAGCUUUUCAUUGUCACCAAGUUGUGGAACACUUUCCAUAGCAAGCAACACGUUCGUGCUGCAUUCGACAAACAACUGAAAGAUUGGGGACUCGAGUACUUUGAUCUCUAUCUCAUUCACUUCCCCAUUCCCUUGCAAUAUGUGGACCCUUCUGUCAACUACCCUCCCGAAUGGUAUGUCCCUGGUGCCGACAAGCUCACUUAUGAACGUUCUCCCAUUCACGAAUGCUGGGCCGAGAUGGAAAAGUUGGUCGAAGCCAAAUUAACUCGCAACAUUGGUGUCGCCAACUUUAACUGCCAAGCUAUUCUCGACAUGCUCACUUAUGCAAAGAUCAAGCCUGCAGUCUUGCAAAUCGAAAUUCAUCCUUUGUUGCCUCAAGAGCGCUUAGUCAAAUGGGUUCAAGAGCAAGGUAUUCAAGUUACUGCCUACUCUUCAUUUGGUCCUACUUCCUAUGUGGAUUUAUCUGAAUCUGGCAAGACAUAUCAAUCCUUGCUUGCUAACGACAAUGUCAAAUCUAUUGCUGAUAAGCAUAACAUCACUACAGGUCAAGUAUUGUUGCGUUAUGCUCUUGACAGAAACAUUGCUGUCAUUCCCAAGAGUGUCCAUGAAGACAGAAUGAAGAGCAACUUGGAUAUUAUGAACAUUCAAUUGGAUCAAGAAGACAACAAGGUUUUGAGCAACCUUAAGACCAACCAAAGAUUCAAUGAUCCUAUGCUUUUCGGUUUUGGCUUGCCUCUUUUCGAUUAA